AUGGCAGAGCAGCCGCAGGUUCUGAGUGUGGCCGGAGCCAGAUGUGAAUGCAGAUCUGAAGACAUGCAAAGUGAAGCCGUGCCAGUCAGCAUGUCAGAGACCGAGCACGCAGAGACCGAGCACGCAGCCUCCGUUUCUUCUGAGGCAGCUGUUGGGAGAGCAUCUGAGUUAAAGGAAGACUCGGGCAUCUCCGCUUCUGGUGGCGAAAGCAGCAGAUUAGAAACAGAGUCAGAACUAUUGUCAUUGAACUCUGACAGAAUUCUAUGUCAAACUAAUGGAAACAGUAGCCAGGUUGACGUACAAGAAAACCAUAUUCCAGACUGUGGCAGCGGUGAGGAUUCUUGUGCUAAAACAGACACGUGCCCAGAAAAUUCUGAGCAAAUAGAUGACUUUCCUGGGGGAGACUUUGCAGAAGAAGUGUCAAAAACCAGUGAAGCCGAACAGACAGUCCCGCAGAUCCUGACAGAGUUACAGUCCUCUGCAUUCACCGAGGUUGACACUCCACAGACGGCCACAGCCAGCCUCUACGAUACAGACUGCACCAGGAAACUCAUUUCAAGGAUAAAGACUGUUUCAGCAUCAGAUGAUUUGUUGGGAGAAAUAGAAUCUGAGCUCUUAUCUGGAGAGUUUGCAGAGGAGCACCAAGUCCCAAAUGGAGUGAAGAAAGGAGAGCAGGCGUUGGCGCUGUUUGACAAGUGUGUGCACAGCAAGUACUUGCGACAGGAGCUCACUAUUGAAAAAUUAAUUAAAGAAAAUAAGAAUCAUCAAGAACUCAUCUUAAAUAUUUGUUCAGAAAAAGACAAUUUAAGAGAAGAGCUGAAAAAAAGAUCAGAAACAGAGAAGCAGCAUAUGAGCACAAUCAAACAGUUAGAAUUAAGAAUAGAGGAACUGAAUAAAGAAGUUAAAGCUUCCAGAGAUCAGCUAGUAGCACAGGAUGUCACAGCUAAAAACACAAUCCAGCAAAUCCACAAAGAGAUGGCCCAGCGGAUGGAGCAGGCCAAUAAGAAGUGUGAAGAGGCCCGCCAGGAAAAGGAGACGAUGGUCAUGAAGUACGUGAGGGGGGAGAAGGAGUCUCUAGACCUUCGAAAGGAAAAGGAAGCACUUGAGAGAAAACUGAGAGAUGCGAGUAAGGAGUUGGAGAAAAACACUAACAAAAUCAAGCAGCUGUCUCAAGAGAAAGGGCGGCUGCAGCAGCUCUAUGAAUCAAAGGAAGGUGAAGCGACUAGACUCCUCAGAGAAAUGGACAAGCUAAAGGAGGAGGUCAGCUCUCACAUCAUUAAAGUCAAGUGGGCGCAGAACAAGUUAAAAGUUGAAAUGGACUCACACAAGGAAACCAAAGAUAAACUCAAAGAAACAACUACAAAAUUAACACAGGCAAAGGAAGAAGCUGAUCAGAUCCGGCAAAACUGUCAGGAUAUGAUCAAAACGUAUCAGGAAUCUGAAGAGAUUAAGUCAAAUGAGCUUGAUGCAAAGCUCAGAUUCACAAGAGGAGAACUUGAAAAACAAAUGCAGGAGAAAUCUGACCAGCUAGAGAUGCAUCAUGCCAAAAUAAAGGAACUAGAAGAUCUGAAGAGGACGUUUAAGGAGGGCAUGGAUGAACUACGGACAUUGAGAACAAAGGUGAAAUGUCUAGAAGAUGAACGCUUAAGAACUGAAGAUGAAUUAUCAAAAUACAGGGAAAUUAUCAAUCGUCAGAAAGCCGAAAUUCAGAAUUUAUUGGACAAAGUGAAAAUCACAGAUGAGAUGCAAGAGCAGCUUCAAAGUGGUAAACAAGAAAUUGAACGUUUGAAGGAAGAAAUGGAAAGCCUUAAUUCUUUGAUUAGUGACCUACAGAAAGACAUCGAAGGUAGCAGGAAAAGGGAGUCUGAGCUCCUGCUGUUCACAGAGAAGCUCACCAGCAAGAAUGCACAGCUGCAGUCUGAGUCCAGCUCCCUGCAGUCGCAAGUGCACAGCCUCUCCUACAGUGAGAGCCAGCUGCAGAGCCAGUGUGAGCGGGUGACACAGACCAACACUGACCUGGAAAGCAGAUUGCGAAAAGAGGAAGAACUGCGAAAAGAGGAAGUCCAGACUCUGGGAGCCGAGCUUUCUGCUGCACAGACUGAAGUUAAAGCCUUGAGUACCCAAGUGGAAGAAUUGAAAGAUGAGCUGGUGACACAAAGGCGCAAGCAUGCCUCUAAUGUCAAGGACCUUAGCAAGCAGCUUCAGCAAGCACGGAAAAGACUAGACCAGACUGAGAGUGGGAGCUACGAUAAAGAAGUCAGCAGCAUGGGGAGCCGCUCCAGCUCCUCAGGGUCACUUAAUGCUCGGAGCAGUGCUGAAGACCGAUCUCCAGAGAACACCAGCUCCUCCGUUGCUGUGGACAGCUUCCCAGAAGUGGACAAGGCCAUGCUGAUUGAGAGGAUAGUGAGGCUGCAGAAAGCACACGCCCGGAAGAACGAGAAAAUUGAAUUCAUGGAGGACCACAUCAGACAGCUGGUGGAAGAAAUAAGAAAGAAAACCAAAAUAAUUCAGAGUUAUGUUUUACGAGAAGAAUCAGGCACACUUUCUUCAGAAGCCUCUGAUUUUAACAAAGUGCAUUUGAGUAGACGCGGAGGCAUCAUGGCGUCCUUAUACACAUCCCAUCCCGCCGACAGCGGGCUAACCCUGGAGCUCUCCUUGGAGAUCAACCGAAAAUUACAGGCUGUUUUGGAAGAUACAUUGCUAAAGAACAUUACUUUGAAGGAGAACCUGCAAACACUUGGAACAGAGAUAGAACGCCUUAUUAAACACCAGCAUGAAUUGGAACAGAGGACGAAGAAAACCUAACACAAAGCCCUUGCCCCGUAGACAAAUGAGCCACAGAGCAGCAGGUGCCACUGUCCAGUGUCCUGAAACAGUCUCUGCUUUGUGUAACUACUCAAAAAUUUGUUUUGCUUCCCUGUGUAGAAGUGCCCUUUUAUGAAUGGGUGUGCUGGUGUGUGUGCUGUAACUGUGAGCUCAAUGAAAUUCAUUUUUAUGCGGUGCAGCUCAGCUGCUUUGUCACUGACUCAAUAUUUAGUUUGCUUUUUGCUCUAAAGUACUAAAUUUUAGUACAAGGGUUUAAAAAACAAAAUAAAACAAAAUUUUGCCAUAGUUCUUCCCUUAGUGAUUUCAGCCUUUGAAAAGUGUUCAUGAAAAGACAGCUGUUCAUCAUCCAACAGUUAAUUAUUUCUGCAACACAAAGAGAAAUCUAUAGAAAUCAUUAAGUUGUUCAGUUUUGCUCUGAGU